UUUCAGAUUGAUUUUGGCGAGAAAAAAUUGGUUAAACAAAUCCGCAUCGCUGCUGAGGCAAGUCCUGCUGUCAAUCAAACUGCUAGGCGUGUCACUAAGUAUCUGAUUCAAGUUAGUGCUGACGGUGCUACAUACGAAGAUUUUGAGCCGAUUUCAAAGGACGACAUUCAUCUGCAAAUAAGAACACAAUACAUGCGUAUUGUACCACUGGAUUUUGUUGAAUUUCCCUGCAUGAGGAUUGAAAUAUAUGGUUGCAAAUCAAAGAAUCCCGAGCUGUGCAGCGAUAGCAACGGUGGAUGUUCUCAGACGUGCAUUCAAAAAUCUAAGUAUUGCUUGUUUGGCAAAUGUUACUUCAAUUGCCACAUCGAUUUCUUGUGUACCAAAUGGGUCGAGUGCCAAUGUGAUCCUGGAUACAAACUCAUGGCUAACGGGAAAGACUGUGCAGACAUAAAUGAGUGCGACACUAACAACGGAAACUGCGACCAAAUUUGCGAAAAUUCCCCAGGAAGUUAUCAGUGCAAGUGCCACAGUGGAUUUGCUCUUCAGAGCGACAAGCAUAAAUGUUUUGAUAUAAAUGAAUGCGAUAACAACCAUGGAGGUUGCAAUCAGGUUUGUAAAAACAGUUAUGGAAGCUAUCACUGCGAAUGCUACAUUGGGUACCAGCUUUCACAGGACAAUCAUACCUGCGUUGACAUUGAUGAAUGUGUAGAAAACAAUGGCGGUUGUAGUGAUGGCUGUCAAAACCUUGAAGGCAAAUACAUCUGUACAUGUCCUAAAGGAUUUGAAGUGGACAGCUCGAAAAAGAACUGUAUAGAUACCAAUGAGUGUCUUUUGGCAAAUGGUGGAUGUGAGACGAACUGUCACAAUACCAAUGGAAGCUUUUACUGUUCGUGUGCAACUGGUUUUGAGCUUUACGAUGAACUCAAGUGCAGAGGUAAGAUGCAGGGUCCGCUAAGAAUCGAAACGAAUGGAGCUUGCCUACACCGAAAAAUAUUUGACUUUUAUAAACCUGCUCCUAAUAGCCAAAUAAAUCCAUGCAGGUAUUUUAAUUGCACUUUGUUACAUUACCAUCUUAACGUCAACUACAAAAUUUAUAGCUAUUUUUGCCAUGUUUUAUUUUCUACAGUUAUUUCUUGCCCUCCAUUGGUGGAAUCACAAGGAACAACCCUAACCCCACAGGCAUGUCUCGUUGUUGACGGUAGGAAGGUGAACGAUACGUGCACAUUUAGCUGCCAAACUGGUUACGAGCUUCCAGACCCCCAAAACAAUAAACUAACCUGCUUGGAUACUGGCUCUUGGGAUGCUGCAAUAAUAAGCUGUCAACGCAUCAGCUGCCCAGCUUUGCCUCCAAUAUCAAACGGAGACCUAACUCCGGUCUACUGCUCCGUAUCCGGAAACUUUUUUGACCAGGCUUGUAUCUACAGCUGCCAUAGUGGUUACACACUGAAUGGCCAGUCCAGUAGAAAGUGCCAAGCAAAUGGACAAUGGGACGUCCAAGCCAUACCAACUUGUGACAGAGAAUACCCCGCGCCCUGGAUCACUUGUCCUUCCGAUAUUACCGUUACGCUUGCGCAAAACAAGUCAGAAUACGACGUCACUGGCUUACUCGAAGACCCGAAGUCCAAUGUACAGAACAUUCAAGUCUAUCCAGCAAAGUACCGCGGCCAGGUCAUUUUCCCAUACGGUGUCACGAUGCUCACAUAUGUUGCUACCAACGAAGUAGGGGUAACGGCAAACUGCACUACGGAUAUCAACGUUCGAGGUAAGUUUGUAGCUCGUACUUAAACCGAGAUCGGAUGAAAAUCUUAAACAUAGUUCAUAAACUUUGAUUUGAGCGUUUUAAACUUGAAAAAGGAGGUAAGUUUGAAAUUUAGAAAUACCUACAAAACUACUAUAUUGUAAGACGUUUUUCCCAAAAAAAUCCGGGUAACUUACAAUUCUGUACGAACCUAUAGCCUCGAGUUUCUCGUUUCUACCCAAUCACAAUGCUGACUUCCCUCCAAAAUUAUUCCUUACGAUGAGAUGUUCACAAGGGAUGCACAUUGAAAUGGGGGAGAAGACAAGCUAAACAUAUGCUUUACACAUGAUAAAAUUUUAUUUGCAAAACUUCAAUAUCACGUUACGUACAAUAGCAUCCCAACUACAAUUUGUUGAGGAUUAUAGUACAACCUGCCAACAGGGACGAAGCCAUUAUGAGGCAGACCGAGGCACUUGUCUCAGUCGUUUUCUUUCUUUUUAACUUUUGUUGCUGUUGGUGUUUUUCACUGAUACAUGUAUUUUUAGGAAGAAAGGUAAAACACCGCUUUAUACCUAGAAGGAGAAUUUAACCAUGGACAUUGCUUCAGUCACAUUUUUUUCUGGCUACGGUCCUGCUGAACCAAUUUUCUUUAUAGCAUCCACUAAGAUAACUACACCAAGAUACAUAAUUAUUUCCUAUUCCGUC